CUUCGCUCCCCUUUGUCUUUCUCUUUUCCUCUUCGCCAUUCCUUUUGUCCUCCAUAGAGGGGAGAGAGAGAGAGAGAGGAGUGAGGCAGCGGCAAUGGCGGCGUCUCUGAGGCGGCUUUCGCUGCUAGUUCUCGGGCUUUUGGUGGUUGUAGCUGGAGGCUUCGGGUGGAUCGGGGGCGAGAGCUUCUUUGCUUCCAGGAAUGGGGAACGAAUUGGGAGGAGGAGGUUGAGAGAAGGCCAGCCGCCGGCGAAUGAGACGUUCUCGAGGCCUGUGCUGGAGGCGGUGAAGGCUGCCGUUGAUGACCCAGAAGUGGUUGCUUCCAUGGUGCAGAUGAGCAUAAGGAACAGCACCGCUCGCCGGGCACUGGGAUAUCUUUCUUGUGGAACCGGCAAUCCCAUCGACGACUGCUGGCGCUGCGAUCCCGACUGGCACCUCAACCGCAAGAGGCUGGCCGACUGCGGCAUUGGCUUUGGCCGCAAUGCCGUCGGCGGCCGCGACGGGCGUUUCUACGUGGUGACCGAUCCCGGCGACGACGACCCCGUAAACCCACGCCCGGGGACGCUGCGGCACGCCGUCAUCCAGGACGAGCCCCUCUGGAUCGUGUUCAAGCGCGACAUGGUCAUCACCCUCAAACAGGAGCUCAUCAUGAACAGCUUCAAGACCAUCGACGGCCGCGGCGCCAACGUGCACAUAGCCAACGGCGCCUGCAUCACCAUCCAAUUCGUCACCAACAUCAUCAUCCACGGCCUCCACGUCCAUGACUGCAAGCCAACCGGGAACGCCAUGGUCCGCAGCUCUCCUUCCCACUAUGGCUGGAGGACGAUGGCCGAUGGAGAUGGCAUCUCCAUUUUUGGCUCCAGCCACCUAUGGGUGGACCAUUGCUCUCUGUCCAACUGUGCCGACGGACUCGUCGAUGCCGUCGUGGACUCCACUUCCAUAACCAUCUCCAACAAUUAUUUCACCCACCACAAUGAGGUGAUGCUUUUGGGCCACAGUGAUUCCUAUGAGAGAGACAAGGGCAUGCAAGUUACUAUCGCAUUCAACCACUUUGGUGAAGGCCUGAUUCAGAGAAUGCCGAGGUGCAGGCAUGGUUACUUCCAUGUUGUAAAUAAUGACUAUACCCACUGGGAGAUGUAUGCCAUUGGUGGGAGUGCAAGCCCAACCAUCAACAGCCAGGGCAACCGAUACCUUGCCCCGGUCAACCCCUUCGCCAAGGAGGUUACUAAAAGAUUGGACACACCCUCAGGUGUCUGGAAGAGCUGGAAUUGGAGGUCAGAAGGUGACCUACUGCUCAAUGGUGCCUUUUUCACCCCCUCUGGAGCAGGAGCUUCAGCGAGCUAUUCAAGGGCCUCCAGCCUUGGGGCGAAGCCUUCUUCUAUGGUUGGCACCAUAACUUCAGAAGCAGGGGCCCUUUCAUGCCGCAAGGCUGCUAAGUGCUAAUGCUGCACUCAUCUACAGUUUCCAAGAACAGCAAGAUGUAUCACUCUACUCCAAAGUGUUGCGAUUAUUUAUCGUGGCUUUGUCAACCAUGCGAUUCCCCUUGCCAACCUCCGCUUGCUCUCAUGCAAAUUUGAGUUUGAAGCAGGUGCAGCAGCGUUGCUGAUUUAUGGUUCCUGGUUUUUUUCCGUGGGAUAUUUGCUUAUGUCUUUCAGUCAUACUAUCCAGAACUUCACCUAUCCCCCAUUGUCCAAGGAUUGAUUGGCUUUUGGAUUUUACCCUUUUUAUAUGUGGAAUUUACGUACAUGCAGAAGAUUGAUAUAAAUAUGGCAUGCAAUUCUGUUGUAAUAGAUGCAAUAUUGUUAUUGUAAGGAAAAGUUCUAUUAUCUACGAUAUUGGCUUGUCUAA